GGUGUGAGACGACAAUUAAACGUGGGCGGCGGUAGAGAGGCCAGCAGCAUCACUCACCAGUGUGAAGCCGACGACCGACCCGUACCGUACAUCGCUAUACUCAUCCAAGAUCUUUUGAGAUAUAUAUAUACCCACACACUGGCCCAAUAAACAGGGCAGCAGGAUGUUGGGAAAAACAUUUCUCGUAAGUGUGCUUUGUGCACUUGCAUGCGGGGAAGAUUUUUACGAAAUGCUUGGGGUGACUAAAAAUGCAGACCUUAAGGAGAUUCGUAAAGGCUUCAAACAGAAGGCCCUCAAACAUCAUCCUGACAAAAAUACGGAUGAUCCUGAAGCACACGAGAAAUUUGUACGGAUAAAUCGUGCGUAUGAAGUUCUUAAGGAUGAGGAGCUGAGAAAGAAAUAUGAUUUACAUGGUGAAGAAGGACUCGACGAAAGCAGAUCUGGACAGCAGUACCACUCGUGGAACUACUACCACGACAACUUUGGUAUAUAUGAUGAUGAUCCUGAGAUAAUUACACUCAAUAAAGCAGACUUUGAACAAAGUGUGAGUGGAUCACCAGAUGUAUGGUUCAUCAACUUCUACCAUCCUAUGUGUUCACACUGCCAUACGUUGGCUCCGGUGUGGCGGGAAGUUGCUAGGGAACUCGAAGGAGUUGUUAGAAUAGGAGCGGUAAACUGUGAUGACGAUUACCACUUGUGUUCUUCCCAAGGCAUCCGCUCCUAUCCGACACUCGUCUCGUAUCCAGGAAAAUCAAAAUACACACAGGAGAAAACCAAGAAGCAGCUUUUGAACUAUGUGCUCCGUCAGGUGCAUUCUGCUGCUGUACGGGUUUCCUCUGCCAACUUUAAGGCAUUAUUAUCAAAGCAGGAAUUCUCGAGCAAACCUUGGCUUCUUAGUUUCCAUGCAGAUAGUGAUGAAGUUGAUGACUUUUGGGUUACUCAAAUUAAACUAAGUGCUAUUCUGGAUGGCCUAGUCACUGUCGGAUUUGUGGAGUGCUUCAAGGAGAAGGAUCUUUGCUUCACCCUUGGUGUGCAGUCAGGAAUAAAGUUUUUUGACAUAGGGGAAAUCCAGUCUGGACACGGCACAGAAAUUUCCAGCCUCAAUGCCCAAGAGAUUGCAAGAGAAGUGCUCGGACUCCUGCCGGAAAUGAAAUUGGUGGACGAAGACAUGUACAAGGAUAUUCGCCAGAAGUUGGAAUCGCACGAGGAAUCCACAUCUUGGUUGAUUCACUUUAGUGGCGACAGCGAUGAUGAUGCAUUUGAGAUUCGCAAGUUGCCAGCUUUACUGCCAUCACUUAAUCUUGGAAGAAUUGAAUGCUCUCGGAUGAAGAAGCAGUGUGACGAGCUCUACAUUGCUAAAACCCCGUCAUUUAUUCUAUUUAAACCUGGUGGAGGAUAUGAAUUACAUCAUGGUCGCUUACUAGCACACGACAUAGCAGUGUUUGCACGAGAAGGUGCUUCGGCCCCACACUUCCAAAUACUAACUCCUCAGAAAUUUCCAAAAGUGCUGAGCGAUGGAUCAACAUGGUUUGUGGACUUCUACGCUCCCUGGUGCCCACCGUGCAUGAAGCUUCUCCCUGAAUUUCGUAAAGCGAGCAAACUUGUUCACACUCCCGUUAAUUUUGGGAGCAUAGACUGCACGCUGCACCAUGAACUGUGUACCAGAUUCAACAUUCAUCAGUAUCCAACUACUAUUCUGUACAAUCAAAGUGUGCCUCAUGAAUACUUAGGCUAUCACACUGCUGCCCAAAUUGUUGAAUUUGUCAGAGAUACUAUGAAUCCUGCUGUUAUGAAGCUGGAUGCAGUAAAGUUUGAACAAUUUAUAAAUAAAAAGCCAAAAGGGGAAAUUUGGAUCGUGGACUACUUUGCCAACUGGUGUGGUCACUGCCGGGACAUGGCUCCCGAGUACAGGAAGUUUGCCCGCAUGAUGUCGCACCUUCCUAAUAUUCAUGUAGCAACUAUUGACUGUGCAGAAUUUGGUAGUAUUUGUAGGACUCAAGGAAUAUCAAGCUACCCAAGUAUCAUGCUGUAUCCAGCCUCAAGCUUUGGAACUCAGAAGGUGAUGAAAUUUAAUGGAUGGUCUCGAGAUGCAGAAGCCUUCCGUCAGUGGACCUAUACCAGUCUUCCUUCUAAAGUAACUGAAUUAGAUGGAGAGUUGUAUGAGAAAGUUCUCCACAGCACGCAGCCUUGGUUAAUUGAUUUUUACGCUCCAUGGUGUGGACACUGUCAAGUGUUUGCACCAGAUUUUGAAGAUAUUGCUCAGGCUCUGGAGAAUUCUGUUCAUGCUGGGAAACUAAACUGCGAAAUGUACCGCAGUGUUUGUCAGGGGGCUGGUGUGCGUGCGUAUCCUACUGUGCGUCUCUAUAGAGGCUCGCCCAAUGGUAACCGUCAGAGUACAGAUGGAAUUAACUUCCAAAAUCUGGAUAAAAAUGAUAUAAUUAGUGGGGUGCCUCAUUGGAUACCUAAAUAUAAAAAACAUGACGAAUUGUGAUGCGAGUUUUGUAUUAAUAAAUGUGUAUUUACCACCAUGUACAGUAUCAUUUCCAGGUUUUCAAAGGUAAUAUCUGUGCAUGACUAUGUGAUAAUUCAAAUCACGAACAAAAUUAUGAUUUAAGUGCAUUGGUUUUUUUUCUAUUUAGGAUUAUGAAAUCAGACAAUUCUACUUUGUUUUUAUGAUUUCAAGGUACAUUAUAUACAUUUUAUAGAAAUUCUUUCAUACAUAAUAUGGGGACAAAUAUUGUAAUAAGGGUGAGUGCCCUGUUCCGCAUAUUGCAGAAACAUGAGCACACACGACACAGGGUGGUCAUCGCUCGUGGACCAGUUACCUAGGUUGUGCCACUCUUUAAGUAUCAAGAAUCUCUAUUUUGUGUUAUAUUGUGUAAUGUAUUUGAAUAAACUGCGUUAUUUAAUCAGACAACUUACAUCUUCAAAGAGUUCAUAUUCAAAGUGUUUUUAAUCUUUAAUAUGCAUCUCUGACUUGUGAAAAAUAAUUUUAAAUGACUCGACAUUUCCUUUUGGAUACGAAAACUUGAAGAAAGGGAUAUAUAAUAUGUACUUAAUAAAAUGUUAAACAGUUAACAGGCAGGAAUUUUAAGGUUCGAGUUGCAUCAAUGUAAAAUUGCAUUUAUUGUCCAGUCUAGGAAUACCGAUAUUAUACAAUGAUGUAAUUAUUUACUCGUACCAUGUACCGAAAUGAGGGUUGUCUUUGCAGAACCCAAUCUCCAUGUGUGAACUGUGAUAUAAAUAGUUAUAUGAAUUCUGGUCAUACAAUAUACUGACACUAGCAAGUAGCUUAUGUGAUUUUUAACAUUGAGUCAAAAGUCAAAGCAUUUCCAAAGAUUUUAUGUCAUUUAUGAUAUUCAUGUUGUCUUUGAUUUUUUUUUUAUAUAAAACCAUAUACUAUACAAUUGUCAUGCAUAAAUUGAAUUUUCUGCCCUAACUUUUUUCUUAUGCAUAUUUUUGCAUUUUACUAUAGAUACAAAAAUAUUUAGGAAAGACCUACUUAGGAGCUGAAAUCUAAAUAACUCGCACAUGUUCAAUAUAGUAAUGGGAAAUACCGCAUUCACUCAUGUUGUGCAAGAAACCAAAUAAAAUACUGUACUGUAUUGGUACUGUAUAAAUAACAAACCACAGCAAUACAAAUAUUGAUGAGAAACUAAUAUAAAGUGUGAAAUCUUUUAGCAGAACUAAUCGAUGGGUGAGAAUACAAUAUCAGGAUUAUUUUGUUUAAAAGAUUUUGAUAUAAUUUAUCAUAAAUAAUACAAGCCCAAUAUUUCCUUAUAUUUAUCAACUGCACAUGUUUUAAAGAGACCUGUAUUGCUUUGUUAGUGUAAUUACAAAACUACGAAGUCCUAACAUUUUUACUUACCUAUGUAGAGAUGAGGUGGUGUUUUUCAACCCUUAAAUGUGGUAAUUAAGUUCAUGUCAAGAAUUUUUCUUGCUUUAUGUAUUGAAUUUGUAAAUACACUGUAAUGGACAAUUUUGUCUUAACAAAAACUGUGUACAUUGAAGAUGAUGGAGGAUUUGAGGUACCUGCGUGCCGCCGCCGCCAACUUUUCUAGAAACCCUCCUUGGGAAUAUGUGACAGGUUACCUUGAGACGAUUUUGGGGCCUAGCAUCCCCGCGGCCCGGUCCUCGACCAGGCCUCCUUGUUGCUGGACUGGUCAAUCAGGCUGCUAGAAGCUGUUGCUCACAGCUGGACAUAUGAGUCACAGCCUGGUUCAUCAGGUAUCCUUUGGAGGUGCUUAUCAAGUUCUCUUUCGAACACUUAGAGGGAUCGGCCAGUUAUGCCCCUUAUGUGUAGUCAAAGUGUGUUGAACAGUCUCAGGUCUCUGAUGUUGAUAGAGUUUUCGACACCGUAUUCAACUUAAGCGAAUACAUUUAACAGUUACGUGUUCUCCGUGUGUUUUCAGUUAUUUUCAUUAAUAAGCAUUCUAUUUCUUCCACCUUUCAUUAUAUAGAAUGGAAAAGUGUGGCUAGGUUUAUUUUGCUCAAAUGAGUAAUCAUAAACAUUUUGUUAUCAGCCAUUUGUCUUUCUGAAGUGAAGCAACAUUCUUUUUCGGAUAACUCUGGAAUACCCAUAAUGGUGAUUAGCACAGACCUAAUAAUGCUUCAAACAGAAGUGUUGGAUAUUACACCAAGUCUAUUACCAGAAGCAGACACAAAUAUGGUAACAUAAGUAUACUGUACACAAAUCUGGCAAAUAUAAAUACAGCCAUUAGGAAUUUGAAUAAAAAAUAUUUAAAACAUUCUGCAAUGCUUUUGUGAGACAUGUAAUAGAGCAUGCUGCAAAAGUAUGGAAGUCAUACAUCAAAACUCCAAAAUGGAAAUUUAUAGAAAUUUCAGAGAUUGUGUAUAAGUCUAGUACAGUACCUGAAUUAAAGAGAGCUGGGUUAUGUGAGUAGGCUAAAGGAAGUCUUGUAUCACCAGAAAAGUGAAGAACCAAAGGAGACCUGAUCACAAAGUACAAAAUUAAGAGACAGUGGCUACAGUGAGAGGUGGAAAUCCAAGAAGAGGACAAGGUGUAAACUAAGCGACAAGUUAAAGCAACAUAAGGAAUUACAGUAUUCCUGUAGAUGUUAACUAAAAAAAAAAAAAUGGAAAAUUAAUUAG